CCCGCCCCGCGGCCCCGGCGGCUGGCGGCAGGGCGGCUAGUUCAAGUUGCCAUAGCGGCGAGGUGAGGCCGGCAGAAGGUGCCCGGGGACGGGACGGUCUCGCCUCGGAGCGCUGUGCGGUUGCUAAUAAGAACAAAGAGGAAUGUUUAACCAUAAAUAGCUUCAAGAUACUCAUGGCAGAUUCAUCCAGUGAUUCAGACAACUUUCUUACGGGUCGAGUGGGAAGGCGGCCUUUGAGAGCAUCCCACAAUACAGCUCAGAACUAUGGUGCUGAAGAAGUUACAGAGAAGAUCCAUACUUUAGCAAGCACUUUGCAGGAUACCAACAGAAAUCUAAGACACGUUGACCAUUUGCUAGGACAAUACAGAGAAUACAACAAGGAACAAACCAAAGCAAUAACAACUUUAAAAGAAACACUGGAGCAAUCUAUUGGUCAAUUAAGGAGCCAGCGGCUAACACGAAACUCUGGAAUGAGAAGUGCAUCUCUCUCAAGUUUAUAUCCCAGUGACCUGGAUGUAGAAGGAACAUCAGGCAACCGCCACUUCCUGCCCACUUCUCCUCUCAGGGAUUAUGGAGAUUCACAGGGCAAUAAACAUCGAAGGUCUAGAUCUGCAAGUGUUCGAUUUGUCAAUGAGGCAGAUAAUGUGGACCAGCUGCAUUCUUUCCACCAGUCUCUUCGAGAUCUCAGCAGUGAGCAAGUUCGCCUGGGAGAUGACAUCAGUCGUGAGCUUUCAAGAAGAAAUCGGACUGAUGCCGAAUUAAGAAAGACUUUAGAAGAAUUGUCUGAAAAGCUCACUGAGUCCCAAAGACAAGAAACGGUAUCAGAACGAGUAGAGAGAAGACUUCAGGAGAUAGAAGAAGAAAUGCGUGCGGAAAGACAGCUUGUAGAAAGGCGCCAGGACCAGCUGGGACACGUGUCUCUUCAAUUACAGGAGGUUUUAAGGAAGCAAGAUGCUAAAGCAGAUGAAACAGAAGAAUUCAUGAGAAACAAACUUGUGAAAUAUGAAAGUGAAAAGCAUCAGCUUGAGCAGGAAUUAGAGCAGUCCCGGAAAAAACUGAGUGAAUCUGAAGGCAGUAGAGAAGCUCUUUUGCAUCAGAUUGAGGAUCUUCGAUCCCAGCUUUUGAGAGCAGAAGAAGACCGUGCAGAAUUGCAACAUCAAAUUUCAUAUGCUGCUAUGCAUCACCACAGCUACCAGGAUGUACAAGAGGAUGACAGGAGAAUUAGAGCAGUAACUGAAAGAUAUGAGAGAGAGAAGCAAGAUCUAGAGAAACAUAUUUUGGAACUUAAAGCAAAGCUGAGUCAUAAUGCUGUAAUGUCAGAGGUAGAAGAACUGAAGAGAUGUAUAGAACGUAAGGACAAGGAGAAAGCACAGCUUGUAAUGCACAUACAGGGGUUAACAUCUGACCUGGAAAACAGGGAGAAGCAGCAGGAAAAAAUGCUGGACCAGCUGAAGGAGAUACAGAAUUGCUACAAGGCUUGUGAGAACGGACGUAGACAAACUGAACUCCAGUCUGCUGAGUUAGCUCAACAGGUUGAAGAGAGUACCAAGGAAGCAGAACGGUAUCUCACUGAAUUCAAGCAUUCAGAGGCACUCAGGCUGGAGAUUGAGAAAAAAAGAGAAGAUUUGAAAGUGAGAGCCCAGGAAACCAUCCGCCAAUGGAAACUGAAGUGUAAGAAACUUGAUCGUGAGAUAGAAAAACAAAAUCAAACUAUCAGUGAGCUGAUGGACAAGAAUAGUCAGGCCCUCAAAGACAAAGAUGAUCUCAAAAGUCAGCUUCUUUCAGCUAUAAACCAAAUAGAAAACUUGCGGAAAGAGCUGGAUGAUGUGCUUACAAAGAGAGCCCAGCAGGAAGAACUCCUCCACUGUAAAGAGGUAAAACUGAAUGAAAUGCAGUCACAUCAGGUAUCUCUUGAAGAAGAGAUCAAAGAAGUUCAAGGUACUGUAAAAAAAUUGGAGAAUGAGUUGAAAAAACAAGUCUUUCUACAAAAUCAAAUGCAAGCUGAGAAGGAACACUUGAAGACAGAGCUUGCAACUAUUAAUUUAUUUCAUAAAAAAGACCAAGAACAACUCCUGGAAAUGCAAGCAGAUGUAAAAAAUUUAAGCGCUGUUCGCGUGGAACUAACAAACAGAAUAGCAGAAGAGGAGAAAGCCAAAAAGGAAUUACUUAAGAGCCUCUCAGACCUCCAGAAACAGCAGGGAUCUAAUCAUGAAGAGAUGAUUUCAGCUAACAGGCAGCUGAAGAUGGAAAGAGAAACUCACCAACAGGAGUUGGCAGAUCUUAGAUCAGAGCUACAAAAUGUGAAAAUCAAACAUGAACAAAAUGUUCAAGAACUCAGAAAACUCCUUAAACAAGAAAAAGAUGAUGCAGAGGCUCAGAUAAGAAUGCUAAAGAUGGAACUUUUAGAAGAGAAAAACAUAAUCAAGAAUCAGUGUCGACAACUGGAAAAAAUAAAGGUUGAGUAUGAUAAAUUGACAAAAGAAUUAACCCAAAAUGAGGAAGAAAAUAUAAAACUGAAACGGAAAUGUGAGUUUCUAAAACAAGAACUGGAGAAAAAGGAAAAGCAGAUCAGCAAUGAAGAUCAUUUGAGAAAGAUGAGUGAGGCCAGACUGCAGUUUAAAGAUCAGCUGCGUCACUUAGAAAUGGAACAGAAAUCCAUUCUCUCCAUGAUAGGAAGUGAAAUUGAUGCUGCGUGUGAGAUCUUUUCUCGGGAGUCCAUGGAAAAAUUCAAAGCAAUAUCCCUUACACCAACAGUACUGAAUGAUCCUCAUCGCUGGUUAGCAGAAGCAAAGACUAAGCUUCAGUGGCUGUGUGAAGAGGUAAAGGAAAGAGAAAGUAAGGAAAAAAAGCUGCGGUGCUACUUGCUGCAAAGCCGAGAACAGCUCAAGCACUUUACACAGAUAAAGGAGACUGAACAUCAGUCUCUCUUUAAACAGAUAAAAACCCAAGAAAAACUUUUAGAAGAAGUUCACAGAGAAAAAAGAGAGCUACUAGAGAAGACACACAGAAGAGAGGAAGAAAUGGGAGCUCUCCAGGAACGUAUUAUGGCCUUAGAAAUGAGUACCCGAGUAGCUUUAAACCACCUGGAGUCUGUGCCUGAGAAACUGAGCCUGUUAGAAGAUCGCAAAGAUACUGGAGAGUCCCAUUUCCGAAUGGAGAUGAUUGAGGAGAGGUAUAUGAAGUAUAAAGACAUAGUGAGUUCUUUGCAGCAGCAGCUGAAAGAUUCAAAGCAAAGAGUCAGGCAAGUCAAGGAUGUGAAAAGGGAUGCUGAAAUUUCUGAUAUAGAAGUGGCUGCUCACUCUUCCAGUUGGCGAACUCAAAACAGCUUUUUGUGCAGCUCACUGCUUUCAAGUUCAGGUUCACUUAUGAAAGGGAUGGUUCCUUUGGAUGCAAGUGCCACCAAGGAAGAUUCUCCUAAUGUUGCUGUUAGUGAAAUGAAGCUGCAAGCAGAAGGAGGAAAGCAGUAGAAUAUUUUACAAAACCACCCCAGUUUUCUCUGUGGUAAAUUCCAUUCUACUUUUUUUUUGUUUUUUGAACAGUGGUAAUUCCAUCUGCUGUAGGAGUGAUGCACCCUUAAUGAUUCAACAAUUGCCAAACACCUAAAUGAAAGAGCACCAAGAGUGGUUCUGAUGAACUCCUGUGAUAAUUUAGGUGACUUGUACAUCAAAGGCUUUCUGGGAUUUUGCUAUUCCUUUGUGCUUGUUUCUGCAGUCCUCCUAGACCAAAUUGAUUGUAUUCCUGAAAUACUGUGAAGUGAAAUACCUGUGAUCUCUUUGCUAUGAGUUUAUUUACCCCUAUACAGGAAUUGUUCUGACACUUGUUUUUUUAUUAUGUUUAAUAACAUUAUUAAUAAUGAAAGAAUAUUCAGAAAUUGCCUAUUUUUAUGAGAGAGUCAUUAUACAGUGUUGUGCAGACACAUUUGUGAUUUUAGGUCCCUCAGUUUGAAAAAAUCAUUUAAGGAAGAAGGAAAAAAAAAUUCUUAAAGCGAAUGAAAAUUUGCAUCUUGGUUUCAGGUUCAGCGUACAUUAUCAGUUGUCUAGAGUUAUUCUUUUGGCCAGAACAGUUUUAUCAGAUAGCCUUGGUUAGGCACUUUAAAGAAUCUGAAUCUCACCCAUCUGUAUCAAGAAUGUUGAAAGGCACUUCUAUGUGGCUGUGAAAAUUUUAAAAGCAGUGUUUAAUGUUCAUUUAUUUAUUCUAUUUUGUUCUGCGUUAGAAAAGAUGUGUUGUAUUGAUUGUAAAAUACUGUGGAAAUACAGUAUUGCACCCUUGUAUUUGUUCAGAUAUCACUAUUCUAUACAAGUUGGACAUAAUUUUGCAUUACAGAGGUCUCAAAGAGCAAAACACAGAUGAAUUUUCUUCUGUUUAAGGAAAUGCAAGAGUUUCUGAUGGUUCUUGUUUUAUUCUCCUCUCAGCUACUUCUGGCUGGAUCACUGAUAUAGGGCCUUAAAAGAUUUGCCAAAGCUAUCAAGAGUACUGUAGCAACAUUAACACCAUUCAAAGAAUUUUGUUUUUCAGUCUUUUGUCAUAUUCAGGAAGCCUGUUUCUUCUCUGAAACUCUGUCAUUUUUUAGCACUGUAGGUGUCUCAGGUAUAAUUCACAGGCCAUGAUGUGCCAUCUCAAAAGAGGACUUUAUUUUUUUUUUAAUACUCUGAUGAAGCAUUCUGUAGUCUCAGUAGGUGCUCUGGACAGUGCACUUCCUUGACAAUCACCUUGUGUUCAACCUGUUUCAAAUAGAACAACAUGCUGAGAACAUCAAAAUCAGACACAGAAAUGAGAAAAAUACUGACUUUAUUCUACGUUCAUUUUCCAUGAACUUAAAUUGCUUAAAAUUAAAAAAAAAUGUGAUUUGGUUAAAAAGUUUUCUUUACCUUUUGUUGUGUAUUAUGAUGUGCAUGGUAGUGCUGGCAUUGGCUUUUUGCAGACUUCUGGCCCAUCUGCUCAUUCAGAGGGUCAAGAAAACAAAACAUGCACAUCCAUCUGUUCUGAUCUCAAAGGCCAUGACAGGGACAGGAAAAACAUCAACAAAUAAACUUCUACUCUCUACAAAGAGUGUGGAUGUCAUGAAAUGGAGUUUAGCUAAGCUGUAGCUACUAUAAACUAAACUUAAGUGGAUCCAACAUUUAUAAUUUUAUUUUUUUUUAUUAGAUCAGAGCAGAGGUAGAAAUAUGGAAUUGAAAAUAGUUUAAAUGGUUUGGUCUGCUGAAACUUAAAAAAUUGAAAAUUGAAAUGUCACCAGCUUGCAGACUUUAUGGUACCUACAAAUUCCGGCCAAAACAUAGAAAGGUCACUUUGAAAUAUAUUAUGAAGCAGUAAAUCAUGCUCUCAAAACACCUCAGGUGGUAACAAGGUCUGGUGCAUGAAUUGCUGAUGGAUACCCUAACUGUUUUACCAAAGUUUAAAUGGUUUUUUUUGACAUGAAAAUGCCUGUCGGUAAAUAAAUAAAUGGGGCUUUAAGUGUCUUGGCUGAGAAGUAAUACCAGAAAUAAAAUUUCCUUUUUUUCCUAAGGAAUUUGUAAAAAUCUUACCAUUUUAGGUAUUUAUACAUUUUUUCCUGACUUGUAACUUAGAAAUCUGAGGUAUGUAGUCUUUAAACAGGAUCACUACUGCUUUAUAUUGCUAGAAAACUAAGGAUAAACAGUCUGAUCUUGCUCACUAUUACACUGAGUAUUGAAUGGAAUUAUCUACUGUACAGCACAGAAAUUACUACUGCAUGAAUAAUUUUGGCUUUAAAACUUAAAGUAUGUUUAAUGCUUAGUGCUCAUGCCUUUGCCCAUGUAAAUGGGUUUUCAUCAGUUCUAUAUCCUUUCAUAAAAUUUAUAAAAUUUUAUAAAUUUAUUUAUAAUUUAUAAAGUUUUCUAAAAGAAAAACACACAUCUCUUGUGUGGAAGAACACAAGAGAUGUCAAAUCACACACCAAAAAAAAUUAAAAAAAAAUAAAUUACUGAGUAGACUUAUGGACUCCAAAACCAGGAAAUUCUUUCUUUAAUUUACCCUCUUGGCAUGGCAGUCUAGAUAGCAUGUAAUAUUUGUCUGUCUUCCACCUUUGAUAGAGGUUCAUAUUACAAAGUGAAUUUUGUUUCCUCUUUACUGAGGGCUAAAGUUCCAUUCAUGACAUUAUGUGAAACUGUCCCUUUGUGGUUUAAGAAAUAAUAUUUUUUCCAUAUUGGUCUGAAAUAAUACUCUUCUGCACAGUUUCAGUUUUUAAAGUAGAAAAGCAGAUACUUUUUAAAUAAAAACAUUUUGUAUAUUUCACAUCUUAAAAAUUGCUCUUACUUUUGGUAGCCAAAUUUUUUAUACUUUAACCCUUUAAUAACCUCUUAUUCAAUUUUUGCCCAAAGCAGUGGUUUUCAAUAAUCAAAAAUGUGGUAUCGCACACACAAAAAAUGAUGGUUUAAACCUUUGUUCUGUUUAGCGUUUGGUAAAUCAGGCAAUUUUUUAUGUAUGUACUAAGUACAUACAGUCUUUAUAAGCUAGUAUCGGGCAUUCGUUUUUUAAAUGCUGUCCUGAAAUACAGUGCUUAAAUAUUGUGCUUUCAAAAAUGCAUUGACCCUUGAUUUUAGCAUCAAAUAAUUGUCAUAUGAACAAGCUAGAAAUUUUAUGCCCUUCAGUUCUUAAUUUUUUACAGCAGACUUGAGAGUACUUAAUUACUUUUGAGAUUAUAUUUACUAAAUAGACAAAAUAAUUUAUUUUUAUUGUGUAAUUAUGUCAUCCUAAGAAGAAAUGUCAAAA